CCUAGAAACAGAGAUGAGAAAAUGAUCAUCCUUGCCCCCUGCCCAAGCCGACUCGAAACAACUUUGAAAGCAUAAUAUGGCGAAGGCAAAAAUGAAAUAUGAGAAAAUGAAAAAUAUCAACUAGAUUCGAACCGACCCGACGAGAGUAGGUUAUCGACGCGCCUCACAUCUCUGAGUAUGUCUCCGAAAUUCUUUAUUCCGUUCCACCAAAAACGACAACGUAUAUAUCCAACAAAUGCUAUUUGGAUAUUAAAACUCCGACAACGUAUAUCACCCCAUACGUCGUUUUAUUUCUGCUUCCAGACAGGCCCUCUCGUCUGACCAGAGUUAUUAAGACUCCGAAUUAUUCUGUCCAUAACCCUAAGCACCUAAGCAAUCCAAUAACAUUGAAAUAUGCUGAGAAUUGCAGGGAGGAGGUUCUCAUCUCUUCCAUGGAGGUCCUCCGCCUCUCUCUGUCGGAACAAUCCCCUUAACGAUGGGGUAGGCGUCGUUUCUGAAUCGCCUUGCGUUUCCAGAUCCGGUCCCGCUCUUUCUCCAUUCACUUUCAAUUCUCAGCUUCCAAAUCUAAUUAGAGGUUUCUCUUCAGAAGCGCUCACCCCGGGACAUGAUAUGGGAAUGAUAUCAGAUCUCCCUGCUACCGUGGCAGCUGUGAAGAACCCUAAUUCAAAAAUUGUUUACGAUGAGCAUAAUCAUGAGCGUUUUGCACCUGGCGAUCCUAGCAAGCGUGCAUUUGCUUAUUUUGUCUUGACUGGUGGCAGGUUUGUUUAUGCCUCCUUAAUACGUCUUCUGAUCCUCAAGUUUGUUCUGAGCAUGUCAGCCAGCAAAGAUGUCCUUGCCCUCGCCUCCCUUGAGGUCGACCUCUCUACCAUUGAGCCUGGGACUACUGUUACUGUCAAGUGGAGAGGAAAGCCGGUUUUUAUCAGACGUAGAACUGAAGAGGACAUCAAGGUAGCUAACAGUGUCGACAUCGCAUCCCUUCGUGACCCCCAGGAGGAUGCGAUCAGGGUGAAGAAUCCAGAGUGGCUUGUUGUUGUUGGUGUCUGCACCCAUUUGGGGUGUAUACCCCUGCCAAAUGCUGGUGACUUUGGUGGUUGGUUCUGCCCAUGCCAUGGCUCACAUUAUGAUGUGUCUGGUAGGAUCCGCAAGGGGCCAGCACCAUACAAUCUAGAGGUACCCACAUACAGCUUCAUGGAUGAGAACAAGUUGCUGAUUGGGUGAGAAAUUAUGCGGAAUCCAUGUUUUGUGGAGUAAUCAUCUUACUGCAAAAUGGCAUAAUAGAAUUUUUCUUUACACAUGAGGACUGAAUUUAUUAAGUUUUUCUGGAUUUUGUAUCUGCUUCUGUUGUAAGACAGGCGGAAGUUUUGACUAACAUAACAGAAGAUUUGUUGAGCAUUUUCAGUUUUAAUAGUGCUUAUGCAUUUAUUCGUCCAAA